AUGUCCUCACUGUUCGCGAUUCCACUGCUUACGGUGGCCCUCGCGCCAUCAUUCUUCGCCUCAUACGCGACCAGCCUCAAUUUUGUGUUUUUCUACAUGACCUGGUCGACUCUGGCGCAAGGUGAAUCCGGCUUGCCGUGUGGUAAGAGAUCGGGCAAUGUGCGCGUGAAGGAUAUCAAGGUCGUAGCGUGGUCGCUAGUGAACCUACUCCUUGGUAUCCUUCUCCAGCUUUUCACCGAGUGGUUGAUCAUGCGCAUAUUUGGGGCGCGCUAUGCGAUCAGCGUAUCUAUGAGGAUUCCCAUGCCGUGGGAUGUCAUAGUUGAUCUAGCCAGAGGCUAUAUAGUACGGGAGAUACUCACCUAUGUCGCGCACCGUUUCAUCCUACACUCAGAUUCGAUCCUCGCAAAGUGGCACGGAACCUGGUACCACAGUCUUAAAGCCCCGUAUGCUCUCACGGCUCACUACGACCAUCCAGUCGCAUAUUUGGUCGGCCGAUUCAUCCCUACCUAUGCGCCAGCUCUUUUAUUCCGAUUCCACAUGCUCACCUAUCUCGUAUAUCUGUCUUUGUGCUCCCUUGAAGAGACCUUUGCCUACUCUGGAUAUACCACCCUGCCGACCAGCUUCCUGCUUGGUGGGAUCGCUCGUCGCACAGAUGAACAUCUCCUCUCAGGCGGCGAUGGCAACUAUGGGCCUUCCGGUAUUGUGGACUGGGCCUGCGGAACCAGCAUCGGAGAUAGUGAUAUCCAGGACGACGUGAUGGAGGAAUUGGAGGACCAUGAAGUGGAAGAGAUGGUCCGACGGUUCAAGAGCAAGCUCAAUGGUAAGAUCAGUGGCAAGAUCAAUGGCGCCAAAGGCGAUCUCACAGGCUCUGGACCCCGAAAGCCCAACUCGCGUAAGGUGCGGAGUGGAUAA